UGAAAUGUUUGCCUAAGAGUGCAUUAAGUUGCACUCAGUUUCAAUACAUUAAUUGAAGAAAUAAUCUAUUUGAAUUUCUAAAGGACCAACAGCAAGCAUGACAACUUCGAUGCAGCCCAGCAAAUAUACGGGCCUGGUGGCCGAUCUGAUGCCGAAUAUACGGGCUAUGAAGUACUCCGGGCUAUUUAUGCACAACUUCACCGGUGGCAGUGCCUUUGUGAAGAAGGUGUACUCCUCGGUGCAUCUGGUGCUGCUCCUGCUGCAGUUCGCCUUCAUCCUGGUCAACAUGGCCCUGAAUGCCGAGGAGGUCAACGAGUUGUCGGGCAAUACGAUUACCACCUUGUUCUUUACCCAUUGCAUCACCAAAUUUAUUUACUUGGCCAUCAAUCAAAAGAAUUUUUACAGAACCCUGAAUAUCUGGAACCAGGUGAACACGCAUCCCUUGUUUGCCGAAUCAGAUGCUCGUUACCAUUCGAUUGCUUUGGCCAAAAUGCGGAAGCUCUUCUUCCUGGUGAUGCUGACCACUGUCCUCUCGGCCACCGCCUGGAUUACGAUCACCUUCUUUGGGGAUAGCGUUAAAAUGGUGGUGGACCAUGAUACGAAUUCCAGCAUUCCGGUUGAGAUACCGCGAUUGCCGAUCAAGUCAUUCUAUCCGUGGAAUGCCAGCCAUGGCAUGUUCUACAUGAUCAGCUUCGCUUUUCAGAUCUACUACGUCCUCUUCUCGAUGGUCCACUCUAAUCUCUGCGAUGUGAUGUUCUGCUCCUGGCUGAUCUUUGCCUGCGAGCAACUGCAGCAUCUGAAGGGCAUCAUGAAGCCUUUGAUGGAGUUAUCAGCUUCGCUGGACACGUACAGACCCAAUUCGGCGGCUCUCUUUAGAUCCUUAUCGGCCAACUCGAAAUCGGAGCUAAUACGGAAUGAAGAAAAGGAUCCCGGUGCCGAUAUGGACAUGUCGGGUAUCUACAACACAAAAUCGGAUUGGGGCGCUCAAUUUCGAGCACCCUCAACGCUGCAGAACUUUGGCGGAAAUGGAGGCGGUGGCAAUGGCGUCGGUGUAAACGGGGCUAAUCCCAAUGGGCUGACCAAAAAACAGGAGAUGAUGGUGCGCAGCGCCAUCAAGUACUGGGUGGAGCGGCACAAGCACGUGGUGCGCCUGGUGGCGGCCAUUGGCGAUACCUACGGAGCCGCGCUCCUGCUGCACAUGUUGACCUCCACCAUCAAGCUGACCCUGCUAGCCUACCAGGCCACCAAGAUUGGAGGAGUGAACGUCUACGCCUUUACGGUUGUCGGAUACCUGGGCUAUGCCCUGGCCCAGGUGUUCCACUUUUGCAUCUUCGGCAAUCGCCUGAUUGAGGAGAGCUCAUCUGUCAUGGAGGCUGCCUACUCGUGCCAUUGGUACGAUGGCUCCGAGGAGGCCAAGACCUUCGUCCAGAUCGUGUGCCAGCAGUGCCAGAAGGCCAUGAGCAUAUCGGGUGCCAAGUUUUUCACCGUCUCCCUGGAUUUGUUUGCCUCGGUCCUUGGUGCGGUUGUCACCUACUUCAUGGUGCUGGUGCAGCUCAAGUGAACCGUCGGCGG